AUGCCGUACUCCGAUCUUGACCAAUUGGCCAUCAACACGAUCCGUAUCCUUGCGGUCGAUGCCACCUUCAAGGCCAACUCCGGCCACCCCGGUGCCCCCAUGGGCAUGGCCCCUGUCGCCCACGUCCUCUUCAACAAGUUCAUGAACUUCAACCCUCAGAACCCCGACUGGGCUAACCGGGAUCGUUUCGUCCUCUCCAACGGUCACGGCUGCAUGCUUCAGUAUGCUCUCCUCCACCUCUUCGGCUACAAGGUCUCCCUCGAUGACCUGAAGAACUUCCGUCAACUCGACAGCAUCACCCCCGGUCACCCCGAGGCUCACGACACCCCCGGUGUCGAGGUCACCACUGGUCCUCUCGGUCAGGGUUUCUCCAACGCUGUCGGUCUCGCCAUCGCCCAGGCCCAGGUCGGUGCCACCUUCAACAAGCCCGGCUACAACCUCUUCGACAACUACACCUACACUUUCUUCGGUGAUGGUUGUGCCAUGGAGGGUAUUGCCUCCGAGGCCGCCUCCAUGGCUGGUCACCUGAAGCUCGGCAACCUCAUUGCCAUCUACGACGACAACCACAUCUCUAUCGACGGUGACACCAAGUGCGCUUUCACUGAGGAUGUCACCAAGCGCUUCGAGUCCUACGGCUGGCACACCGUCUGGGUCAAGGAUGGUGACAACGACCUCGAGGCCAUUGAGGCCGCCAUCAAGGAGGCCCAGUCCGUCAAGGACAAGCCCUCCAUGAUCCGCCUGACCACCACCAUUGGUUUCGGUUCCAAGCUCCAGGGCACCGGCGGUGUCCACGGUAACCCCCUCAAGGCCGAUGACUGCCAGGGUGUCAAGCAGCGCUUCGGCUUCGACCCCAACCAGAGCUUCGUCGUCCCUCAGCAGGUCUAUGACCUCUACGCCAAGCACGCCGCCGAGGGUGCCGCCAAGGAGCAGGCCUGGAACCAGCUCCUCCAGAAGUACACCGCCGAGUUCAAGGCCGAGGGUGCUGAGCUCACCCGCCGUCUCGCCGGCAAGCUCCCCGAGGGCUGGGAGAAGAGCCUCCCCACCUACAAGCCCAGCGAUGCCGCUGUUGCUACCCGUAAGCUGUCCGAGGCCGUCCUCGAGAAGAUCCACGACGUUGUUCCUGAGCUGCUCUCUGGCUCUGCCGAUCUGACUGGCUCCAACAACACCCGCUGGAAGAACGCCGUUGACUUCCAGCCCCCGGAGUACGGUAUCGGUGACUGGUCCGGCCGCUACCUCCGUUACGGUGUCCGUGAGCACGCCAUGGCGGCCGUCAUGAACGGUCUGGCUGCCUAUGGCCUCGUCAUCCCCGCCGGUGGUACCUUCCUGAACUUCGUUUCCUACGCCGCUGGUGCCGUCCGUCUCUCGGCCCUCUCCCGCGUCCGCACCAUCUACGUCGCGACCCACGACUCCAUCGGUCUGGGUGAGGACGGCCCGACUCACCAGCCUGUCGAGACCCUGGCCCACUUCCGUGCUCUCCCCAACUGCAUGGUGUGGCGCCCCGCCGAUGGCAACGAGACCAGCGCCGCCUACUACUCUGCUCUGACCUCCAAGCACACCCCCAGCAUUCUGGCCCUCACCCGUCAGAACCUGCCCCAGCUCGAGCUCUCCUCCAUCGAGGCCGCUCUCAAGGGUGCCUACCCCGUGGUCGAGGUUCCCAACGCCGCCAUCACCCUCAUCUCCACCGGUUCCGAGGUCAGCAUCUGUAUCGACGCUGCCACCUACCUCAAGGAGAAGCACGGCGUCAACGCCCGUGUCGUCUCUGUUCCUUGCUUCGAGGUCUUUGACGCCCAGGACAAGGCCUACAAGCUGCAGGUCAUCCCCGACGGCAUCCCCGUCAUGUCCGUGGAGGCUCUGUCCACCAUGGGCUGGGAGCGCUACUCUCACGAGCAGUUCGGCCUGAACCGCUUCGGUGCCUCUGGUCCUUACAAGGAGGUCUACAAGAAGUUCGAGUUCACUCCUGAGGGCAUCAGCAAGCGUGCCCUGGCCACCAUCGACUUCUACAAGGGCCAGCCGGUGCGCUCUCCCAUCAACCGUGCCUUCCAGCAGAUCCUGUAA